GAAGGUUGAGCGCUGUCAGCUGUUGUGUUACUGCUUGUAAGUCACUAAAUGAUGAGUAAAAGGAAGGUGAAAGAUGCUCAUCUGCCAGUCGGGGAAUGCAUCACAGAGCUACAGAGGAUUUUGAGGGAGCGGCUUUGUCACCAGCAGCUUCCCGACAAGCCGGCGGGACUGGAGGCUCAACACAAAAACUUGUUGGAGCUUCUGAAGCGGACGGCGAUCCACGGAGAAAGUAACUCGGUGCUGAUCGUCGGUCCGAGAGGAGUCGGCAAAACGAUGCUGCUGAAGUGUGUGUUACGAGAUCUGCUGGAGGAACAGGAAGUGCACAAAAACCUCCUGCAGGUUCACCUCAACGGACUUUUGCAGACGGACGACAGAAUAGCGCUGAAAGAAAUAACGCGGCAACUCCACCUGGAAAACGUCGUCGGUGAUAAAGUGUUUGGAAGCUUUGCUGAGAAUCUGGCUUUCCUUCUGGAGGCGUUGAAGAAAGGUGAUCGCAGCAGUAGUCUUCCUGUGUUGUUCAUCCUGGACGAGUUCGACUUGUUCGCUCAUCACAAGAACCAAACUCUACUUUACAACCUGUUCGAUGUGUCCCAGUCCGCCCAGGCGCCCAUCGCUGUGGUGGGAGUCACCUGCAGACUGGAUGUUUUGGAGCUGUUGGAGAAGCGAGUGAAAUCGAGGUUCUCCCACCGUCAGAUCCAUUUACUGAGCAGUUUGAGCUUCGAGGACUACGUGGAACGGGUUAGGACGCAGCUCAGCCUACCGGACGAUUUCCCCGACGGCAAGUUCGCUGAGGACUGGAACGACAGCAUCAAGACGCUCUGUGAAGACAAAUCAGUGGAGGACGUUUUACAAAGACACUUCAACUCAAGCAAAGACUUUCGCUCAAUGCAAAUGCUUCUGAUGUUGUGUCUUAGCCGAGUGUCUGUUGCCAAACCUGCCAUCAAACCUGCCGACUUGUUGGAGGCCAGCCGGCUCUGCUUUGCCGACGCCAAGGCGAAUAUGCUUCACGGUUUGUCCAUCUUGGAGCUGUGCUUGAUCAUCGCCAUGAAACACCUCAACGACGUCUACGAGGGAGAGCCGUUCAAUCUCCAGAUGGUUCACAACGAGUUUAAGAAGUUCCUGCAGAGAAAGUCGAACUCGAUGUACAAAUUCGAGCAGCCUGUCAUCAUGAAGGCUUUCGAACAUCUGCAGCAGCUGGAGUUGAUCCGACCGGCCGACGGCUCGGCGGCUAAAACUCAGAGGGAAUACCAGCUGAUGAGACUCAUGGUGGACAACAGUCAGAUCAUGGAGGCCAUGCAGAAGUACCCGCAAUGCCCCACGGACGUCAAGCAGUGGGCCAUGUCGGCGUUCGGUUGA